AAGCCCAAUCUCUUAUCCCUUUCCUGCCGCCACCGCCGCCGCUGAAGGGCGCUCAUGGCGCGGUGGUCGUCUCCGAAGGACCCGGCUCUGGAGGCGGCCCUCCGCCGCAACCGGCGCUGGAUCGUGAACAACCAGAUCAAGCGCCUCCUCCUCCGCUUCCCGUCCCGCUCCGCCCCCGUCCGCCUCCUCCAGUCCCGCUUCAAGACGCUCGACCUCCUCGGCCGCGCCGCCAACUGGCUCCGCAAGUACCCCUCCUGCUUCGAGCUCUUCACCGGCGAAGGCCCGGCCGGGAGCGGCGGUGAGCUCUGCUUCGGCUACACCAAGCGGAUGGCGGAGCUCGUCGACGCCGAGGAGGCCGCCGUCACCGCGUCCGAGCCGGCCAUGGCCGACCGCCUCGCGCGCGUGCUCAUGCUCGCCCGCGGGCGCCGCCUCCCGGUCUCCAAGCUCGCCGCGCUGCGCGGCCCGCUCGGCCUCCCAGACGACUACCUCCUCCGCAUCCUCCCCGCCCACACCGACCUCUUCCGCCUCGCCAACCCGUACCCUCACCGCCGCAAUGCCGUAGAGCUGGAGCUGCUCCGAUGGGUCCCUUCCCGCGCGGUCUCUGCUGUUGAGGCCGCUGCCUCGGCGAGCAACUCCCUCCCGCGGUUCACCUGCUCGUUGCCGUCCUCUUGGGCCAAGUCCCACGACAAGAUGGAGGACUUCAACUCCACACCCUACAUUUCGCCCUACUCGGAGGACGGGGCGGUGCCUGGCACAGACUCAGAGGCUGAGAAGCGUGCGGUGGCUGUGGUUCACGAGCUUCUUUCGCUCACCUUGUGGAAGAAGAUUUCGGUUAUGAAGCUAGAGCACUUCAGAUGGGAGUUUGGGUUGCCAGAAGACACAGCUAGGAUGCUGCUCCGGCAUUCUUGCCUCUUCUAUGUGUCGAAUCGGUACAAGAUUCACACUGCGGUGCUCCGUGAGGGUUAUGAGGGGUCUGAGCUGAGGGUGAAGGAUCCAGUGGUGGCAGCAAAGGAUAGACUCGGGGAACUGAUGCAGGAGGGUCUGCACGAAUUUAAUCAGCGGCGACGUGCUGUGAAUUUGGAGAAGAAGAGGAGGAAAGGUGAAGUUGAUGUGAAGAAGGAAGAAGAGGAGCUCGAAGAUGAGGCAGGGGCACUGUUGGAUAGUGCGGAGAAGAGGGAGGAAAGACGGAGGUUUUACAAGGUGUUGUUUGGUGAUGAUAACCGGUGAUUGGUGUAUGUAAGCCUGAUGCCCCUCUAGACUAAUUGUUGAACGAAUGAUGAUAUCUUGUGAUAAACUACAGCAAUAAGAGUGACAUUGCUAUGAAGGGAUGACACAUCUAUCUGCAAAUGGAAAUUGUUUGGGUUGUUGUCUCGCUUGCUGGUCAAAGAGAAUUGAUUCCCAACUUGCUAGUUUUUCUUCUCAGGAAAUGUAAUCGGAGAACUGCAGGAAUACCGGCCAGCCAGGCAGUUUGAUCUUUUUGUAGAUUAUAGCAUGCCCCUUCAGGAUAAAAGCAAUCGCAUAUGGAUUCUCCUAAAUGAAUAAAUGGUGGAAUUCUGGUGUAAAAGGGGUCCUUAUCAAGGAAACCAAACAUAUGGAUGCAAUCAAUGUGUGUGAGAAAGAUCGACAGAUCUGCAGAACUUGCAAGUGAAAUGCCAAUGCAAACUGGUCUUAUAUUGUCAGAGAGAACAGAAAUCAUGAGCAGCAAAUGCUGCAUGCAAGCAUGUGCAAUUGACUAUCUACAAAAGAGAGCACUGCGAUUUUGGUGGAUAUUUGAGCACAGUUGGAGUUGUAGCCUUCUGCCGGAAUAUGUUUUGUAUAGCAAAUAUGAUCAUCCCCAGAAAUGGAACUUUGAUGAGAAUGAUUUUAGCAAGGAGAGAUACCUUUGGACAUGUUGAAGCCACGAUUUUCCAGCUGCUUGUACUCUUGGCAUAAUGCGCAACUCUCACAGCACAUGUGAACAAAGCAGUCCAUGCAGGGUGACCCUUGGAAGUUGUACUGUGCCCGCAUUGAGGAGCGUUUGGUACAAGAAUACAACCAGUUGCAGCCUAUGGAUCCUAGCAAAACAUACAGGGUCCCAUGCAUGCAGCAUGCUGGAAACAAGGGGAGGUAGCCAACAAGAUGUAUGUUUUUAUGUUUGAUCCCAAGCGCAAAUUGUAAUUGAAGCACAUACAUCCUGAGCCUCUGUCCACAACCUCAGCAAUGCGACCAAAUGUAAUGCAGGGGCACCAACAAGUCAAGCAACCUGCAGCAUUAGCCACAAAAAAUGAAGCAUCAGGAUGUAAGUGAAAUGCACUCUUUUAGACCCCCCAAUGUAUAAGGCAAAAGGACUUGUGAGAAGAGCAUGAAAGAUAGUUCUCCAUACAGGUGCCGCAAUCUCCAAAGCAGUCACAAAGCCCAACCGACCACUUCCCUGACAUGCUGCUGAUUUCUUGUGGUUGUGAUCUGUGGAAUAUGGAAAUAGAUGGUGUGUAGCUGUGCCUUUGUGAGCAAGAAUACCUUGAUCCUGUUGGUAUUUAUAAACUAGCAACAACAUGGUAUCAGUGCCCAUUUGCACAAGUAUCUGCUCAUAGUAGAUUCCAGUGCAUCAUUUUUGUUGUCUCAUGGGCUUUCUGUUUUCUUCUUGCACUUUAAUGUUGUAUGUUGUGUUUACAGGUUUUGCUGUAAAUUAGCGUUUUUAGUCACAUCAUGUUCAUUUGGCUUGUUCUGUUUGAUUGCUCCUUCGGGAAAUCUUAUGCUCAGUUAGCAUCUGGCAGCUAUUUGGAGCUUCCAGUUUUGGUUGUAGCAUAGACCCCUUUUGUUCUUUUCAUCAUUCAUUGCUUGGCAAGUAAUAGCUGCUAUGAUGAUUGGAAUUUGUGGGCUGACGAUGAUAACAAUUUGAGGUCCUCACACGAUGAUUGGAAUCCAGUCUCACUAUGUUUUCAGUUUCAUUAGUCAUGCAACACCUGAUUGAAGCUAUGGAAAAUGUCACUGCAGUCCUCUUUCUGAGGCUUUUCCAUGUAAAUUCGAGUUGGAUAAGAUCUUCUGCUUCCGAGAUUUCCUUGAUGGAGCUCAUACUGUACCCUUAAUAAAAGCCCCAAAUUUCGGUUGCUGUUUUCGAGUUUCUUAAUCGCCUCCAGUUCUGUGCUCGCUUUGGGCUUUGUCCAUUUCUAUUUGGGGGGCAUUAUCUGGCUCUGCUAUCUGUACUGUACAAAUUAUAUAACCUACAGAUAGCUAAGAUAUUGACCAAUUUGCGCAGUUAUGUGGAGAUCAUUUGUCAUACACCGUGAAGUACGGUUGUUGGUGUGCCAGGGUUUGCUCUUGCAAGUCUUGAGCUAAAGAAUUUGCUGAUCUGUCCCAAACUGAUUGGCUACAGGACAGGCUAUGGCGAAGUCAAUGUACAAGGACUACAUCAUGCAUGCAUGACAUUGACAAUAUGGUCCAUAUUCUGGUUUGAUUUUUACCUUUUUGCCCUGUGGUUUUAUCUUUCCUAGGACAAUGUUUCGUGUGGCUGAACUAUCUCUUGUGAAUUUUUGCCAUCUCGACUAUGAGCUUCUGCAGAUGUCAGAACCUUUUCAACCUUUCUUGCUUGUUCUGUAGCCUUUUUUAACAUAAUUUUUUCUUCAAUCAUCUUAAGCAUACAAGAUAUCCAAUCUUCAAGUAUUAUAUUUCAUAUCCAGUUCGGCACUCAGUACCUAGUCAAGAGAUUCAUAGCUUUACAAAUUGAGCAGUACAUUUUAGUUCAUAUGCCACUAAACUUCAGUAUGGUACUUGAACUAAAAUGUACUAAAAUGUACAUAGCUUCAGUUUUGCCCUGUGGUUUAUAGAUUCAUAUGAAGUUUUGCCCUGUGGUAUAUAGAUUCAUAGCUUUACAAAUUGAGUAAAUUGAGCAGUACAUUUUAGUUCAUAGAUUCAUAACUUCAGUACAUAGCUUCAGUUUUGCCCUGUGGUUUAUAUCUUUCUUAGGACAACGUUUCAUGUUUCAUGCGGCUGAACUACCUCUCGUGUGAUUUUUUUUGCCAUCUCAAUUAUGAGCUUCUGUAUAUGUCCAACCUUUCUCGAAAUUUCUUGCUUGUUGUGUAGUUUUUUGUUACCAUAUUUUUUCUUCAAUCAUCUUAAGCAUACAGGAUGCCCCAUCUUAGUAUUUAUUCCUCAUGCCAGUUCGGCAGUCAGUAUUGAGUCAAGAGUUUCAUAGCUUUACAGUUUGAACACUGCAUUUUAGUUCACAGGCCACUAACUUUGUACAAUCUACAACCAUAUAAUGCUUGUCAAGUGACAGAUCACAUAAUGUAUGUUGCCUGCUGUGUUAGACAGAUCACAUAAUGUAUGUUGCCUGCUGUGUUAGGACAUAAAUGGAAGUACGAAAACUGAAUCAAAACCACAAGGACUGAUAAAAGGAGAUUUAACAACUUGAUUGCAAAAAUGGAGCAAGUCACUAGACCUGCCUUUAUUUCCCCUUUGGAUAUUGUAGAACAUCAUGAAAUGAAAAUUAACAGAACAGGAGAGCUAAGAGCAUCAUUUUAUGGACAUGUUCUAGAAACACAUCCCUUGCUUCCCAGGUGCUUUCAUGCCUUGCACACAUCCCACCAUCUUGACCUUCCCAUCCUGCAAAUUUAAUGAUUUAGUCAUCAUUACUUUGCCUUUGUGAAACACAUGAAUUUUCUUGACUAUGCAUUCUUUCAGUAAGACGCAGCGACCUUUGGCCAUGUUGAAGCCACGGUUUUCCAGCUCCUUGUACUCUUGGCAUAGCGCGCAACUCUCACAGAAGAAGUGGACACAGCAGUCCAUGCAGGGCGAUGCUGUCAAGUUGUAUUGCGACCGCAUCGCCGAGCGUUUGGUACAAGAAUACAACCAGUUGCAGCCUACGCAAGCCAGGCAAACAUACAGGGUCCCAUUCAUGCAGCAUGCUGAAAACAAGGAGACUCAGCCACAAAGAUGGAUGAUCUUUAUGCUUCAACCUAAGCACGAAUUCUAAGCGAAACACCUACAUGGGGAGCCUUUGUCCACAAUCCCUGCAAGACGACCAAAGGUAACACAGGGGCACCAGAAAGUCAAGCAACCUGCAAUGUUUGGAAAUGGAAUGGAACACAGAUGAGUACUUUGCAAGUUUGCAUGCUGCUUAUGAAACCCAUGUACAAGGGGUGCAAGAAGAACAGAACAAAAGCUAGGUCUGCAUACAGGUGCGGAAAUCCCCAAAGCAGUCGAAAAGCCCAACUGACCACUCAGCAACCAUGGUGCUAGUAAGUUUGGUAGAUUGUGGAUCUGUGAUCGUUGAGUAUGGGAAUAGCAGCGGUGUGCAGCUGUGCCCUUGUGAGCUUUGAUGCUACCGAUGCUUAUAUACUAGCAGUAACAGUGCAGUAUCAGGUACGUCGCCGACCCUUUUUUCCUGCUCUCCUUCUCAGGAAUGCACAUGAAUGGAAUGCACACUUAGUGAGACUAGGAAGCUUUUGAUGCAUUUCAAGUACAAAAAACAUUUCAAGCAGACAUAGCCAAGGUUGCUCCUAAUGGCUGCCAAUGACAGAAAAAGGAUGGGAAUUGCUAUGCAGUCCACACCUGUUGCUGUCAAUCAAGCAAGGAGGAAAGCUGGAAGCCUGAAGACCUCUGAACCAAGCUCACAGCCAAAGCUCUUAUGUAUUCCCUCUGUAAACAAAUACAAUACGUUUUAUGCCACUAAAACAGAGGUAGUAGUACCUUAGCACUGUCUGUUCAACCUUGCUGCUUGCAAGGAAACCAUCAAUAGCAAAAAAGGCCCCUCACUAUGACAACCAAGACAUGUUUCACUACUUUCAGACAUGUUGCUACUGUUUUUUUUUUGGCA